AUGAACGCUAUCCCCCUGGAGGAGUACGUCAACGACCCCUCGGAGUACCGCCGCAGCAUCCUGGACGGCGACUCCUUCCUGCCCGAGAGCGCCAGCUGGCGGUUCAGGGCGCGCGAGAUGGAGCCCUACAUGCCCAGCCAGGCGCCAGGCUCCCCCUGGUUCACCGUGAAGAAGCCGCUGGACUGCACGGCCGAUCAGACCGCUGCCGCGCAGCUGCUCGCGAACAGGGCGGAGGGCGGGGCCCCGCUGCGGCUGUCGCCGUGCGAUCUCUACCCCUAUCUUCGGGGGCGCACGCUGUGGCUCAUUGGCGACUCCAACACGCGGUCGCUGUUCAGGGCGGCGCAGUGCUUCCUGUUAGACCUGUGGGAGGACCAGCGCGUCUGCGCCCCCAGCACGGAUCCGAAUUUGGUGCGCCAGCUCGACGCGCUGCCCCUCAAGCCGGGCACCCCCAAGUGCAUCCACCUGGCGGGCGGCGGCCGCGUGUGCAUGGUCCACGUGGUGCAGGGCUGGGCGCUGGCGAACAACACGCAGGUCGCUGGUGGCGGCGUGCUGCCCCUGCUCUACUCCAAUUUCUCAUCGCCGCACGACAUCGUGGUGGUCAACUUUGGCAACUGGCACGGACCCAGGGCAGAGCCAAAGUCACAGGAGUAUGUGUUGGCGUACAAGCAGGCGCUGCGGCUGCUGGGCAGCUUCUACCUGGCAACCGUGGAAACGCGGCCUCACCUGAUCUUCCACGAGUCGGCCUCGACCCACCCAUACCACCCGGCGUCACGGGCCUGUGUCGAUUACCCAGACCCUGCCGCUGUGGGCGGCGGCUCGUUCAAUAAGGCCGCACAAGAGGUGCUGAGAGAUUACGGCGUCCCUGUCGUCGGCGACGCCGCUGCGUUCACUGCGCCGGCCCCCUGGGGCCACCCGGGCGCGCGGGCGCAGGGCGGCAGGGACGGGGUGGAGCAGGGCGACUGCAUGCACUUCUGCAGUCCAGGAGUGACGGAGCUGCUGCUCUGGACGCUAUGGCAAGCGUUCAACAAGGGCGUCGCCGGCAUUGCACCCCUGCCUCCUGACGUGGGUGCCACGGAGUGGGGUUGCAGCGAGAUGCGCUAUUACUAA